GAUAUUCCUUGGUAAUAGACAGUUUUCGUUUAGAAGUUGGUACUACAAGAACGACAGUUCCUACGAAUGUAGUAUAGGCAAUUCCUAAAUAGGAACUGUGAACAGAGGUGUGCGAAACGCAGAGAUCUGAAGUGGGGGCGUAGUUAUCAGAAUUGAUGCAGAGGGUUACUGUUUGGUAGAACAGUUAAAGGAGACAAUUGUGUGGUUGUGUUUUGUGUAGGCAGUCCACGCAUAACAUUCAGAAAUGGCGUUAACGGGAUGUUACGCCGUUUUGAAGUUCCUUUUGUUUAUCUUUAACUUCGUAUUCUGGUUGGUGGGACUGACAGUUUUGGUUUUUACUAUUUUACUGCUCACUGACAAGACAUCAUACCUGAGCAUAACUGAAGAUGAUGGAAAUUAUUAUACAGGCUUAUACAUUCUACUUGCAGCUGGUGCACUAAUAUUUAUAGUUGCAUUUUUGGGCUGUUGUGGAGCAUACAGGGAAUCUCCUUGUAUGCUUGUAUCGUUCUUCUGUUUCCUUCUCAUAAUAUUGGUUGCGGAAAUUGCUGCUGGGGCAUGGGCUUAUAGCAAUAGUGACCGCUUAAAGGAACUAGUCAGUCAGAGUGUUACUGCAACCGUACAAGCUGAUUAUGGAACAUCAGGAGCUGAUUCACGCACAGCUACAUUUGAUGCUAUACAGUCUGGAUUGAAAUGCUGCGGGGCAUCUGGUCCAGGUGAUUGGGCUAAUAGUAAAUUCAAUAUGCGUGACAAAAAUAUAGUGGAAUUGACAAUUAAGAAGGCUGUCAAUGUUUACAACAUUCCUGCUAGCUGCUGCAUUGAUGGAAUUACAAAAAAGGAAUGUGAAGAAGGGCGCACAGUGGUAUUAACUGCUGCCAUAAACAGACAAAUUUAUUCUGAGGGCUGUGUCGACAAACUGAUUGAACUCCUUCAGCAGUAUGCAAAUAUUUUGAUGGGUGUUGGCCUGGCACUUGCCACAGUUGAAGUUCUGGGUCUUAUAUUCUCACUCAUACUGUGCUGUGCUGUUCGUUCAGAGGACAGAUACAAAGCUUAAAUUUUUUCCUCUACAGCUAUUUUAUUUGUUAAAUGAGAUAUAAAACAACUUCUUUCUCAAUGCACACAAUUAACAUAAAGGACCAUAAUGCGCUUACAUACUUCAUGGUACAUUUAUACAGAAUAUUUUUAUGAAACUUAUACUGUGCAAGAAGUUUGAAUCUCUCAGCCUGCCUGUUUUUUGGCAUGUUGUCUUAUUUGUUAGAUCUGGAGGUAGCAUUGAAUCAUUUAUAAUUACUUCUCACUUCUGCUGUAAGAUUUUUAAAUCAUUGUUUAUAGAAUUUCAUAAACUUUUUAUAUGUGCAAAUGUUCAGAUUUUUUGUUAUUUGCUUGAAUAAGUCAUGACAAUCUAAUUUAUUUGUAUGUUGUGAUGAAGUAUUGUCAUAGAUUAAUAGGCAAGUUCACCUUAUACAAGUUUAAAGUUGAUAGCUGGGUUGGGAAUGUUCUUUUUGUUCCCAGAACAGUAGUACUUAGCUGUUACAUGUUGUCUGUCAACUACUUCACACACACACACACACACACACACACACACACACACACACACACACACUCACACAGUAUUUCUUAUAUGGGUUUAGUUUUCGACAUUCAUAAAUAUUUGAAGUCUUUAUUUUUUUUAAGGGUAGCCAUAAUUUUGUCUUUGGUUAAUGUCUGAACCUUUUUCCUCCUAGCAGCUUGAUAUUUGUGGCCUGCAGUCUUCUUCCUGCAAAGAUCUGUGGAUUAGUAAAGUUUCAUAACAUAUUUGCACUAGAAAAGAAAAAUCUGUCAGUCAUUAAUGCACAGUAACUUGCAUUUUAAUUUCACACUGUUUUUAACAACUAAUGCACUGUAGCAUAGUUGAUAUAAGUCUAUUUUUAUUAUUUUUGAAAUGACUUAUUGGUUGAAGCAAAAUGUCUUAAAAUUGUGGCACUUACAGGAAGAGGUCUCACUGCUUGUAACACUAGAUAAAGUUGAGUUGUUUGGUUAGAAUCAAAAUCUGUUGUAGUGAUGUACUAUAUUUAAGAAUUUAAAGUAUCUAGCAGUAAAUGUGUAACUAGAAAUUUUAAGUUUUAAACUUUUUCAGGCUUUAAAAUUUGUCACAAAACUUAAGAGCACUCAAGCAAGGAAUUUGCUAGCAGUCAAUGUCACAGGUUAUCUGUAAUUCAGUUUUCGGCCCUAUUCUCUGAGUUAGUUGGAAGAGAUGAAAAAAAAAGGUAGCUUAAUAUGCUGAUGUUAGUCAUUUAAUUUAUACGUAUCAGUAUCAAUUGUUCAGUAGCAAGUCAUUGAGAGACAAAAAAUUGUAGAUGAAGUGGAAGCCGUUGUGAAAAAAUACAGCACAAUUUUGUAAUGCCAUAAUUUGUUAGUACAACAUUUUGUGUGUGAUGAAUUGCAAAUAUAAUUUUAAAGUUCAUUGACAUACAAAGCACAGGAAACUAUAUUUCUGUGUACGAUGAGUGCUUGUUGGAAGUUCAGCAACUUUCAACUGGGGGUGGGGGGGGGGGGGGGAGGAGAGGGGGGGGGGAGGCUGUUUUAAUAAAAGUUAUUUCGUCUUUUAUCAUUCCCCCCCCCCCUCUCUCUCUCUCUCUCUCUCUCUCUCUCUCUCUCUCUCUCUCUCUCUCUCUCUCUCUCACACUCUCUCACACACACUCUCUGUAUGUUUCAUUUGACAUAAAAUACUCAAAAGCUUUAUUGUAUUUUUUCAAACAGUACUCAAAAAUCUUCAGUAUAUGAGAGUUACUGAAGUAUGUGGGUGGCAGUAAUGUAUACAGCUAUGAAUAUGACUGCUUAAAUAUUAUGACCAAAUACAUUUGAUAAAAGUUUUAUUCUCAUAAGAUGAUUGUCAUGAUUAUUUUAUAUUUUUAAAAAGUUUUUUUAUUUCUUGGACGUAUCCAGUAUAAGUGCCAUAAAGCACUCUAAUACUUAUCUGCAUAAGUAACAUAGUUUGUACAGUUUUGUAAUUUAUGGACAUUAGUUUAAUCUUUAUAAUUUUGAAAGACUUGUGCACCACUGCAGUUUAACAGUUCUUUGUACUUGUGGAGUACCAAACAAUGAAAUUGCAGUUAGGGCUUGUCAUGAGAAAUUUUGCUAUAAUACUAAUGCAUUUUCAUUAAUAUAGCUGUGAAUAAGUCAUGACUUCCUUUAAAAUUUUCAAUGAGAACACUUAAGUGUAAUGCCAUAUAUGUAGUUCUUCAUUCUUAGGGAGCUAUUUUUUUGUCACUCCUAUUUCCAAAGAAAAUUAAUUUUGUGCAGUUUGGACUACUAUGUUAUGCCAAGUUACAAAUUUGGCUUGGGACCAGUUUUUUCCAAUAUAUUCUAUUUUUAUAUGGUGGUGCUCUCAUGUGCUGAACUUACAGGUACCUACUUUGAAUACCCUUCAAAUCAAAAUUCUAGAAGUACUUAACUGUCAAACUGUUAAGGGUUUUUUGCUCUAGAUACUCAUAAGGCUAUGCAUGAUAUGCUCUCUUAAGUUGACAAUGGUAAUCUCUUGACAUUUAUAAAAGAGAGUGUAUCUAAAGCCAAUUUGUUAAAGUGAAGAGUAGCUUUGGAUUCAAUCAUGAUUGUAUUUUUCCAACUGUAAUUUUGUUUGUUACAUCCUCACUCGAUUAGUUCAAUUAUAUUUGUUUAAUUACAAAUGUGAAUGAUAUUUUUGUAAAAAAAAAAUUCAUAAUUUAUUGCUCUCUUGAUUCACAAAGAUGUGCCAAAUAUUUUCACUCAAAUAGAAAACAUCUUUUAAAAAAAAAGAAUUAAGUUGUACUUCAUAUUAAAGGAAACGGAUGGAAUACUGGAAUGCUAAUGGUAGUUAAUUAAGUGAACAUAAAGAUUGGGAAGUAAUCAUUACAUAAAUGUUGAGUCUUAUUUGUAUUGCUAGUCAGUAAUGCCCCUCUAAUGUGUUCAGAAACCAUCUUUCUAUAUGCAAGUUAAGAAUUUUAUGUUUAUACUUCUUAAAGUAUUCCAACCAAAAUACUUUUGCCAAACACUUUUUAUGUUACGCAGAAAUAUGGGCGAAAAUGCAAUAUCUAGUGCCCUGAAAGUCCAGGAACAUUGGAAGACUUUUGGUAAAGAAGCUUCUAAGGAAUGUACAGCAUUAUUAACAUAUAAAUGAGAAAAUAGACAAUAAUGACAUUAGAAAUCCAGUCUACUGGCAUAAUUUCAGUAAUUGUGCAGCACACAAAUCAGUGAAGGUUGUAAUUUAUUCUGUGUGUUUUAGUAUAUAAGAGAACAAUCUGAAUAUAAAUUCACUGUUAUAACACACAUUUUCAAAUUUAUCAGUUGUUGUAAGAUUACAAAUUAAAAACUUACGCUCAAAAAGUUUACUUUUAAUUUGGAAAUACUGAGUGACAGCUCUGCCUUGCCUGUGUGUUUGUAUCACUGGUCAUAUUUCUUUGCAGUGUUGUUAAAUACAUGUAUGUGCAGAGUAUAUGCCAAUGAAAAACUAUCUUAGACUGAAGUUAAUAAAUAAAUUUAUGCAUUGUUAAUAUAGAUUUUUAGUAUUACCAUUUAGAAUGAGAUUGAUUCAUUCUUGUCUUUUGAAACCAGGGUUUAAGCUUUAAUGGCACAGGUUUUGUUUCCCCCCUCAUUUCUUGGUAACUGAAAUGGAAGUAUGUAAAACAUAAUGGUGGAAUGAUACACAGCUUACACAGAUAAUCUGAAUCUCCUCACAAGUUACCAUUAAGCCAAAUAUUAGUGUUUUUAUGCUAUUAUGUAUUGUAAGUUACUGUCGAUGACAUUUCAUGUAACUAUCUAGUCAUAAAGCUGUCACGUGCCGAAACUGUUGCUUGAUCAACAGUAACUUUCAUAUUGACUUUGUAGCUUCUUGAACUAAUUUAUCUAAAGUAGUAUGCUAAAAGUAACUGAAAAAAGGAAUAACAUCAUAAAUUAUCAGCAUAUUGUUAAUUGUUUAGAGACACAAAUGCAAUACUGAGCAUAUUGUGAAGACUAAUUUUCUUUAUUUGUAUAUUAAAACUCUCACGAAUUCGCUUAAGCCCUGGUUGAACUUUAAUGUCGCCAUGUUGUAACAGUUACCAAAUAACGUAGUAAAGAUCAAUUAGUAGUUAAGUGUAAUUAUUUAAAGAAUGUAUUAAAAUGCUAAUUCCUGUCAUCCUCCUGACUUUUUUUUAAUAAAACAUUUUAACUUA